CUUUCUCUCCCCCCUCUCUCGUCUCUCUCUUUCUCUCCUCCUCCUGCUCUUCCCCCUUCCCUCCUUCUUCUUCUCCUUCUUCCCUCUUAGGGUUUGGGGGGGCAGGGGCUGUCCUUCCUUUCCUGGGAUGGAGAGGAGGAGGAGGAGGGCUGGAGAGACUAGAGCCAGGGCUUGAGCCUAAGGUCCAGCGUCCAGGCUCGAGCGGUCCCUGCGCAUCCUCCUUGCCUUGCCUUGCCUUGCCUUGCCUUGCUGCUGCUGGAGGAGGAGGAGGCUGAGCGUGGCGGUGGGUCCCGCCGGGGGGGCAGUGCUCCUCCCGGGCAUGAAGAUGAUGGCAGGCGGCGGCGGCUCCCUCCACCAGAACGGCCUCUUCCCUCCGGGGCCCCCGCAGCAGCAGCAGCAGCAGAGCCCCCAGCAUCAGCAGCAGCAGAGCGGGCCCUCGGCCCAGCAUCAGCAUCAGAGCCAGCAGGCCCCCACCCAGGCCCCCCACAUGGAGGCCGAGCCCCCCGACUCCAGGAAGAGGCCCCUGGAGACUCCCACCGAAGCCAGUAGCACCAAGAGGAGCAACACCGGAGAGGACGGUGAGUACUUCCUUAAGGUCCUGAUUCCCAGCUAUGCUGCUGGAUCCAUCAUCGGCAAAGGAGGCCAAACCAUUGUCCAGUUGCAGAAGGAAACUGGAGCCACCAUCAAGCUCUCCAAAUCCAAGGACUUUUAUCCAGGAACCACGGAGCGGGUGUGCCUCGUCCAAGGCACGGCAGAAGCCCUCAAUGCAGUUCACAACUUCAUUGCGGAGAAGGUCCGAGAGAUCCCUCAGUCUGUGGUGAAGCCUGAGUCGGUCAACAUCCUCCAGCCCCAGACAACCAUGAACCCUGACCGAGCCAAGCAGGCUAAGGUGAUCGUUCCUAACAGCACAGCUGGGUUGAUCAUCGGCAAAGGAGGGGCUACAGUAAAGGCCAUUAUGGAGCAGUCCGGAGCCUGGGUACAGCUGAGCCAGAAGCCUGAGGGCAUCAAUCUUCAGGAACGGGUGGUGACCAUCAGUGGCGAACCCGAACAGAUCCACAAAGCUGUUGACAUCAUUGUCCAGAAGAUCCAGGAAGAUCCUCAGAGCAGCAGCUGCCUCAACAUUAGCUAUGCCAACAUUACUGGUCCAGUGGCCAAUUCCAACCCAACCGGAUCACCCUAUGCUAACUCCACGGACGUGCUGCCAGCUGCUGCCGCUGCAGCCACAGCAUCUGGCCUCCUGGGUCACACCAGCCUUGCUGGAGUAGGGGCCUUCCCAGCUGCUCUGCCAGGUUUCUCUGGCAGUGACCUUUUGGCCAUCAGCACAGCCCUCAACACCUUAGCCAGCUAUGGAUAUAACACCAGUUCUUUGGGGCUUGGCCUCAACUCCGCGGCCGCCUCCGGGGUGCUGGCUGCCGUAGCUGCUGGUGCAAAUCCAGCUGCUGCUGCCGCCGCCAACCUCCUAGCUUCUUACGCCAACGAAGCAUCUACUAGUACCACCACUCCAGCUGGUGCAGUCGGAGCCUUCACCUUGGGCUCCUUAGCUGCAGCCACUGGGGCAGCCAAUGGCUACCUGGGGACAGCCUCUCCUUUGGUGGCUAGCUCCUUCUUAGCCACAGAGAAGCUUGUGGAAAGCACCAAAGAUAUGGUGGAGAUUGCUGUGCCGGAGAACCUAGUGGGCGCCAUUUUGGGGAAAGGCGGCAAGACGUUAGUUGAGUACCAAGAGCUGACGGGCGCCCGCAUCCAGAUUUCCAAAAAGGGGGAGUUUAUUCCGGGUACUAGGAACCGAAAAGUCACCAUCACAGGCACUCCGGCUGCUACUCAAGCAGCACAGUAUCUUAUCAGCCAGCGAGUAACGUAUGAGCAAGGAGUUCGGGCCACCAACCCACAGAAAGUGGGUUAAGAGAAGGCUGGAGAGAAGGCUGGGGGAAGGAGUAGAGUUCAAAUCAGUUCUUUAAUCAUUAAAAUUGUAACCUACCCAACA